AUGAGCUUCUCCGCGGCGCGCUCCAUCCCGCUCUUUCUCCUCCUGGCCGGGUUCUGCCUCUCGGAUGCCGCCGCUGAGACUGCAGGUCCAUCUACUACAGAAGAUGCUAAGAAACCGACGGAGAAAAGCCCUGUUUUAGAAGUAGUGAAGUAUAAUAUCACCACAAAGGAAUCUUCUACUAAAGCUGUGGUGAAAAAUAUCACAUUGGUGCGGCCAGCUGUCCUUGAACUACUAUGCACCCUAGAAGUUAACCCUUCCCCUGACAGGACAACAAUUGAGGUCACAUGGAGGAUAGAUAAUACAACAAUCAGAGAUGACAAUGCCACCAAGGAUGAACACCAAAAUAUUUGGAGCACUCAGUAUAUGGCAGAGAUCAAAAACAGAACCCAACUGGGGAAUUAUACAUGUGUCUUCAAAACGAAGCAAAAUGCUGAAGGCAAAUUCAAUGUGCGAGUGCCUGAAGCAGAAGGAAAAUCCAAGACCUUAAUUAGUUAUGAAGGUGAUUCCGUGGUCAUGGGAUGUAACAGUGGCAAAUAUGAUCCCCUGUACUGGGUCUGGUAUACAGUGAAUGGGAGUGAAGAGGUUGUUAUUAAUGAUACUCUGAGACCAGAAAAAUACCAAGUCUUCUCAAAAAAUCUCAAUUCAACAAAACUGAAGGUGCUGGGCCUCACAGAAAAGGAUGGAGGUUCUUAUUGGUGUGAAGCUAUAUUUUUGCAAUUAGGCGAAAGCAGAGGAAAAGUGUCCCUUAAAGUUCUGACCUAUAUGGCACCUCUCAAACCAUUCCUUGCAAUAGCUGCCGAAGUCAUUGUUUUAGUAGCUCUUAUUUUCAUCUUUGAAAUAUACACCAAAAAGAAAGAACCUGUUGUUGAGGGUGAAAAAGAAUUUGAACAAACAGAACAACUAAAAUCAGAGGACAGCAAUGGCGUGGAAAAUAGUACUGCUAGACAUAGGAAUGUUUAAGUGCCUUGUGAGAAGCUGGUAAAUCCAAGGCAGGACAAAGGAAACAGAUUCAUCAUAUAAGAAAACUACAGGAAAAUGAAUUCAGCGGAGCCAUUGAUAAUCAGCAUCUGGUGACAGCCUUUUAGAUGUGUUAGGAAAAAUAGUAUUGUUUAGAAAAUGCCUUUUCAUUAAUAAAUGUAUUAAGAUGAUGCUAAAUUUAAACAUGUACACAUUAUCACACAAGUACUGUUUGCUUUUCUUUGGUUAUCCUCAG